GCCAUCUUUUAGCUUUGCUGGAGUAUCUAAAAUAAUAAGCAGGCAUAAGAGUCCUGUACAAAUAUCAAAAAGAACUGGAACAUUGCUAUUAAACGCACCAUUCUUCCUUUCGUGUCUAGGUGUCAUCUACAUAUCAUGGCCCUCAACGUUAUGAAUGUAUUUCUCUUCCUACAAGGUGCAUUUACCAUUUCCGAAAGUACAGACUGGAAAAUUACCAUCCCAAGAAAUCUCUCAACAGUUAUUGGGGCUUGUGUGGAAAUCCCUUGUAAAUUCUCUCAUCCGAGACUCCCCAAUCCUUUGGCAGACAUUAAAUUAACUUGGCUGCAAGUCAAAGAGGACAGAGUACCAAGGGAGAAAAUAAUCUUUCACAUGACCAACCUCCGCUAUAAUAAAAGAACCUCAUUGAUUGGAAAUCUGGAUCUGAAAGAGUGCUCAAUAGGGAUAAAAGAUUUAACAAAGGAGGACACGGCAUCCUAUAAGUUAAAGGUAGAGAUUGAAGGUUACAAGAACUACACAUAUGCUUCAGCAUUUAACUUGCAAGUAAAAGACGAACCACUCAUACCUUAUUUGGAGAAGUCAAGUUCCACCAUCAGAGCGGGGGACGAUGUCACAUUUACCUGCCGGAUAAACCAUACUUGCCCCCUUCGGCCUCCAUCUUGGAAAUGGAAUAUUAAUUUUGGGAACAUCCAGAAUGUUCAGUUGGCUCUGAAAGAGGGCAUGUGGCAAAUCGUUUCCACCAUUACAUUCACUGCCAACCGCAAAUACCAAGGACAGUAUAUAACCUGCAUGACAAGUUUAAAAGGAGGACACAAGUCUAAGACUGUAGAAGCUCAACUAAAGAUAAUGUAUCCUCCAGAAAACACAACUGUGAUUGUCAACGAUGGUCCUAUAAGAGAAGGGCAAAACCUCUCCCUGACAUGCUAUAGCCAGAGUUAUCCCAGAGUAGACCAUUAUGCCUGGUAUGGGAAGACGCAAAGUGGCUCUGCACUGAUUCUACCAGAGAAAAGUAGCACUCUUCAUAUCUGGAGUAUUAAGAGGAACUUAACCUCAUUCUACUGCUCAGCAAGAAACUCUGAAGGCAUGCAGAUAUCUCUGGUACGACACCUCAAUGUGUUGUACAAACCAGAAAUUGACCCAGAGUCCAAAUGCAUAAUGAACCUGGACAAUAUGGAGUGCUGUUGCAGGGCCCAAUCCAACCCACCUGCUUCUAUUGAAUGGCGGCUGUCAGACAGUAGAAUAAACCAGUCAAGAGGGGGGUUUGUUGUCCACACCACCUCUAGUGAUCAUGUGACAGAGAGCACAUUCAAAGUGGCAGCCCCCAUAUUAAGCAACAUUUUUUGCUUUUCUGCAAAUGAAGAGGGCAAUGCAGAGAUCCAUCUGCAUCCAAUGAGUAAGGAACACUCAGAUUUAUACAAGUACAUGAUGGCUGGAUUUAUUGGUAUCACAGUCUUUGGAUUAGUGAUUACUGGGACAGUGAUUGCAUCGAGGUAUUGCAGAGUCAACAAAGGAAUCUCAGACAAAGAUCUAAAACCUGUGUGUAAGGUUCAAGAAUCAAAGUGUGUUACAGAUCCAGAGAGCAGCAGCAAGCCACAAUUCUUUAAAGAUUAUCCACAGGACAGAGCAAAAUCAAAGGGAUUUGAUCCAGAUUGUGUACAGACCAUAAGAAAACCAGAAAUCUUCCGUACUGAUGUGGAACAAGACUGCAGCCUUUUGGAAAGGUUCUAUAAAGAUUAUCCAUUGAACAGGAGUAAGGAAGAAGAGCCGUAUAUUGAUAUGACCCAGAAGAACAGGGAUCAGGAAGAAUUCUAUAGAGAUUUUCCACUGCACAGCAGCAAACCUGAGGAGUUGUAUACAGAUAUCCCACAGAGGAUCAUCGAGCGAGAGGUGUUAUACACAAAUACUGCCUACAGGCCUGGCCUUCCUCAGUCUUGGACUUCACAAUCAAAUCAAGCAGGCAGCUGCCAUUUUGUGGACACUGUUAUUAAGAAUGAGCCAAUAACAGAAGGACCAAUGAUGCCUAUUUAUGACACAGUCAAUCCUGAAUCACAAGAACCAAUCAUCUAUCAAAAUAUGGCUGAAUUCAUCAGAUGAACCAUGGCUUAACCUUGUCAUUAUCUCCAGACCAAUUUGAAGUUGGGACAGAGAGGAUAUCUAUCCUUUGUACACGUCAUAGGAAUCAUGGAAAACAGAUUUUUCCAAUAACUAAUUAUAUAACAUUUAAUUUUUAACUGAGUGGCCAGCAUAAAAGCACCAUUAACAUGCCUCCCUGUUAAGAAGAUGGAAGAUCCUUUCUGAAUAAAUACAAUAGCUUAGUCAACAAGCUGAUGGUUUUACCCUUGGAGAACCCAAAGCCUUGACUGGUUGAUUCUGCCUGAAGACCAGCUAGGGUGGCAUUUAAAGGAGAAAUAAAUCCUAAAAAUUAAUAUGACUAAAAUGCCAUAUUUUAUAUAGUGAACUUAUUG